CCGAGAGAUGGCUGGGCAACUUCGCAUAUAAAUAACUGACUGUGCGAGGACCAAGUUGCAGAUAUAUUAUACCCUUAACGCCACAUCUUUUAAUAAUUAAUUUCUGCGCGGUGUUCCAAAAUGAGGUUCGUCUCUGUCUUUGCUUGCUUCUUGGCUGCCGCCGAUGUGGCUAAGGCGGCCAGUUUACCGAUACGCAUCGUCUCUUUCAAUAUCCGCUACGCCGCAACCUCUCGAGAGACUAAUGAAAAGCCGUGGUCCGACCGACGCACCGGUUUAAUCAAUCAGCUCAAGACUGUAACGGACAAUGCGACAUCCGAUGGAGCCGUCUCCGUACUUGGUCUCCAGGAGGUUCUUGACGCCCAAUUGAACGAUAUUAAGAACGGACUUGGUUCCGUUUGGACCCACUACGGCUUCGGCCGUGACGAUGGCGCAAAGUCAGGAGAAUACAAUCCUAUCAUCUACCGGACCGACGUCCUUAAGCUGCUUUAUAGCGAGCAGAAAUGGCUGUCUCCUACGCCGGACACAGUCUCCUUCGGAUGGGGUGCGGGUAGCCGACGAGUCAGCGUGAUCGCCGUUUUCGAGCAUAUCGCAACUGGAAAACGCUUUAUCCAUGCGAACACGCACCUAGACAAUGUGAGCUCUCAAGCGCGCAGCGAGGGAAUUAAAGUCGUGAUAUCGCGCAUCAAGGCGGUACAGGAACAAUACGGUCCACUAGGCGUGACUCUCACCGGCGACUUCAACUCGGAGCCAGGUGGAGACGCUUACACUACGCUCUCAGACACGGGAUAUCUUACGGAGCUAUGGAACUCUGGAGCCACGCGGUUGGGAACUAAUCAACUCACAUACACGGGUUUUUCGACAACCGGAAGAUCCCGCAUUGACUUUGUUUGGCUCGGGCCUACGGCCGACAAACUGUAUUCGGCACAAGAGUUUGAAUUUUUGAGCAAUUAUAUCGAUGGCGUAUUUAUUAGCGACCAUAGAGCCGUAGUUGCUGACCUAACAAUUUUAUAGGAUCUCGGAUUUAUCCUUAGGAUUGUCAUGGACAAGUAUGCAAUAGAAUUCUAAUCACAUUAUUCACCAAAAACAUGACCGCUCAAUGCAAUCCUCAAUUAGGAUGACUUGCGCGAGGAGAGAGAUGAAGAAAAAUAGGUAAUUGAUAUCUCCCUCCACGAAAGAAACACGCAACGUUUAAUUCAAUCAUGUGACGAUUAAGUUUAAGAGGCGACGGUUAGGUUUUACCUGU